CCUGUUGUUGGAAAGAAAGGUGAAAAGAAAGCCGGCAAGAAGGCCGCUCUUGGUGACAAGAAGAAGAGAAGAUCUAAGAGAAAGGAAUCCUAUGCCAUCUACAUCUACAAGGUCAUGAAGCAGGUCCAUCCUGACACUGGUAUCUCCAGCAAGGCCAUGAGCAUCAUGAACUCCUUUGUCAACGAUGUCUUCGAGCGCAUCGCUGGUGAAGCUUCCCGUCUUGCUCACUACAACAAGAAAUCCACCAUCACAUCUCGGGAAAUCCAGACGGCUGUUCGUCUUCUUCUCCCUGGUGAACUGGCCAAGCACGCAGUCAGUGAAGGCACCAAGGCUGUCACCAAGUACACUAGCAGCAAGUAAACAGUUCUAAACUGUUUGCAAAAUACAAAACAACGGCUCUUUUAGGAGCCACCAUAUGAUAACAAAGAUCAUGGUCUUAUGCUAAACCAAACAUUUAAAACAGAAAAUAAUAUACAAUAUUAUCCUUCUUAUCCCUUGAAAUAAUUGACCAGUUGCCUCUUGUGUCGUCAAAACAGAAAUUACGACAUUUUUAUUCCGUUGACAACAUUGACCCGUUGCCUUUUUUGUCGUCUUGCCUUUCUUCACUACACUUAUACACUGAUCUCUGGAGUCUCAAAUUUCCCUACCAACAUCUUCUUUUAUUCGAGUGUUUUCUCUGGUCUUUCUCCCUUCAUAAAACAUGGCCAUAAAACAUAAGCUAAAUUCAAUCAGACAUUAAAAUAUCUUAGCGCUUUCAUCUCGUUAAUCUCAGGUCUCUCUACCAACAUUUUAUCUAAAAAGAGUUUGUUGGAGUAUUUUCUGUGGUCUCUACCUUCAUAAAUCAUAAUAAGCUAAAUCCAUUCAAACUCAUUUCUUUAGUCUCAGGUUUCUCUACCAAUAUCUUAUACAUCUUAUUUGAAUAAUUAAAGUUUGUUGCAUGUUAGUUU